AUGCGUAAUGAUAAUAAUAACCAAUCUGAUUACGGAACACGUAAUAAUGAUAACGACUUCUCCCAUAAGCCUACACGAGAUAAGAUCGACCUACCUGGUACAGAGCCGCGUGUCUUCAAAAUUCUUUUAUUAGGUGGAACUGGGACCGGAAAGUCUACCAUCAUCAACACGAUGACAAAUUACUUUUUAGACGGUACUCUUGAUGAACCAAAGAUUGUGAUUCCUUCAAAGUAUUACAAAGUUACCGAAAAAGGUAUCGUCGAAAUCUUGCAAAUCUUUUAUAUGGACAACCAAGCUUUUUGUACCAAUCCCGAAAUCUGGAAAGAUGACGAAAGUGAACGACAUACCGUUCAAUUUCAUUGGGAUAAGUCUAUCAAAACGAUCGGUAAUUUGUUAAAAGAAAUCACCAAGUUGUCUGCUACUUCGACUCAAGCAUUCGAAAACAUGAGAGACUUCAGAAACAAAAUCAAAUCCGAAAUCGUUAAAGUCACUCAAGACAUCGCAAAUAUUCAAAAAGUCCAGGACGCUCUUGAUGCUGCCCAGAAAGCUCUGCAAAAAACUGGAGAUCAAAAGAAAUCUUUCGCUAACUACACAAAGACAGAAUCAAUUAAACUUAAGAAAAUCGUUCGAGUUGAUUAUCAUAGUACCGUUUGUACCCUUCAUCUGACGAAAGACAUCGUUUGUCAUGAAGGGUGUGGACUUUCAGAAGUAACCGUCUCUGGAACUGAUCACUUUCUAUCUUGCUAUUGCAUGGGAUCAAACCAACUAUGUAAAGAAUGUGGUUGUGGACCUAAAAGCCAUUUUCACGACAAGGUCAAAUUAGUUGAAGAAACCAAAACAAUGAAUAAAGUUCUUGAAGAUAUGAAAGCACAAUACGAUAAUGCCAACCAACAACAUCAAAAAUACAGCAGUGAUGCAAACAAUUACCAAUCAUCCCUCGCAAACCUUCAAGCCGCUGCUAACGCUAAAUACGAAUACAUCCACAAACUUUGCCUUGAUUUAAGUAAAAUUUGUUCUCGAUUCAACUUUGUUGAUGAACUUCAUGCAAAUAUUGAGAGUAUGAGACAGGAUGCGAGAACAAUCCAGAAUAUCAAUCUACGAAAGAACGCUGAAAUGGAGAUCCAACGACUUGAAAAAUUGGCAAAUGAUUUGUCUUUAAAACGAGGCAGGACGUUUAAAUGA